UUCGCGUUGUGAAACCGACGAGAUCAUCUGUUGCGAGUGCGGGCCUGAACACCAUUUAGAUUUUUUUUCGUCGAGCCAAAAUCGCAGAGAACGACUCAACUCGUCUUCGAGCAUCCGGGUGCCGUCUGCUGUGAUUAUGUGCGCGAAUCGCCCUUGUGAUUUUUGAGUUUUGGGAUUUUUUUUGUGGUGAAAGAGUGAUCGAGGAAAUGGAGUUGACGUUGGGGUUAACACUGCUAUCUCUCCUCCCGGUCUUCAUCCGAGGUCACACCGGCCUCCAUCCGUACGACUACAACAUAACCGCGUACACCAGGACUCUACCCCCGGAGCUCCGGGACAUCGUCAGGACCGCACUCCAAACAGAACGCCAGGCCGCCCAGCCCGACCACCGACAACCACCAUGCAGCCCCCCCGACGCCACUCCCUGCCCUCCCAACAAGUACCGCCGGCCCACCGGCGAGUGCAACAACGUCCGCCACGCCCGCUGGGGCAACCGCGGCUCCCCGUUCCUGCGCCUGCUGCCCCCAGCCUACGCCGACGGUAAAAGCCGGCCGCGCCAGUCCGUGACGGCCCACGCCCUUCCCAGCCCUCUGGAGGCGGCCGCCACUCUGCAGACCGUCCCGGCGGCCCCGCACGAGUCCGUCACCGCCUUGCUGGGGGCCUGGGGCGAGUUGCUAUUGCACGAUCUAGCCAGCACGGGCAACCUGAGGAGCCAGGAUUGCUGCAGCGACGACGGGAUGAGCCACGGGGAGUGCUAUGGACGGGUGGGACACGGGCAAUGUCGGGAGUACAUGCGGACGCUGCCGGCGGUGGACAUGGACGAUUGCGGCUUCGAAUACCGCAACCAAAUGAACCUGGCUUCAGCGUUCCUAGACGCUUCAGCCGUCUACGGCAACACUGAUAAACAAGUCCAGACUCUUCGAACCUACGACGCUGGUCUAGUCAACGUCUCAUCUUGCGCACCUUGCAAAUCGAACGCCCUCUAUUCGGCAAUCCUCAAAGAACACAACCGCGUUGCCGUAAACCUGGCCCAACUAAAUCGCCACUGGUCCGACGACGCCCUCUUCCUAGAGAGCAAACGAAUAGUCACUGCCACCAUCCAACACAUCACGUACAACGAAUUUUUGCCCAUAGUCCUAGGCAACGAAGCCAUCGUCCAAUCCGACCUCCACCUGCAAACCCAUGGACGUUUCUCGAAGUACUCGAGCUCGCACAAAGCCGGCGUUUACAACGAAGUGGCAAUGAGUGCCCUACCUGCUCUCCUCUCGAUGAUUCCCGGCAGUUUGAUGAAUCAAACCGUUGAAAACUUUGCCGAAAUGGUGGACGUGCUCAUACGCACCCCCGCCCAGAACCCUAGUAUGCACAUGAUGGUACCGCUGCGAUCCGACUGGGACACGGCGUCGCUUUUCGUCCACAUGGGUCGCGACCACGGAAUUGCGUCCUACACCCGGUACUUGCAACAGUGUCAGAACGCAACCCUCUCCACUUUCGACGACUUCACCAAAGUUGGAAUCAAACCCGAACUCAUCAAAGCGCUGAAGUACCUCUACCAAGUCCCGCAAGACGUGGACCUUUUGGUGGGCGCGAUGCUAGAAAAACCCAUCCCGGGGGCCAUAGUGGGAGCGACUCUUGGGUGUCUUCUUCGAGAACAGUUCGUGCUUCUGAAGGAGUCUGAUCGGUUUUGGUACGAAAACGACUUGCCUCCGAGCUCCCUCACCACUGAACAGUUAAGCGAGAUCAAAAAGACGACUCUAGCUGGACUUUUGUGUGCCAAUACUGACUACUUGGACAAGAUUCAGCCCAAAGCGUUCGUCCAAGAAGACCCGUAUUUGAAUGCGCGGAUUUCGUGCGACCAGCACCCGCUGCCGCAGCUCACCGCGUGGUUGGAGAUGGACCACAUGGCCGACUUGUCCGAAGACUUGCUCAUGGAGGCCAUCACCAAAGCCGAGCAAGACGUCCUCCAACGAAGAAAGACCGAGUACGAGCUUUGGUCCACGGUUGGCGGUAUUGACCCGAAAUCGCCCGCCGGUACCGCCGCCUCCUUCAGCAAACCCAACAAACAAGCCCUCAAGCUUGCCAACACGUCGCUGUUCUUCGAGUUCGCCUCCAACGAGAUCAUCAACUCGCUGAUGCACAGACGUCGCAAGCGCCAGAUCUUCGACAACGACGUGAUUUCUUCGGUUUUCAGGGACGAGUUGUCCGAUGGGUUACAGAACGUGGAUAUUUCUUCGUUGGUUCCGGCUAGUGCGAUUGAUUUGGACCACCACUGUGAGGAAAACGCUCCUUGCGAUCCCAACACGCCGUAUAGGAGCAUGUCGGGGCACUGUAAUAACUUGAGGAAUCCCGGAUGGGGGAAAAGCUUGACGACUUUCACUAGGUUGUUACCUAGUGCUUAUGAUGACGGGAUUUCCAAGCCUCGUUUUCUUGGGGCUACUGGGACCCCGUUGCCGUCGCCACGUAUCGUCUCCACGGUGAUUCAUCCCGAUAUUAGUAACCUCCACUCGCGGUACACCCUCAUGACGAUGCAGUACGGUCAGUUCUUGGACCACGAUCUCACGAUGACUCCCAUUCAUAAGGGUUUCCAUGAGUCUAUUCCGGACUGCAGGUCGUGCGAUAGCCCCCAUACGGUGCACCCAGAGUGUGCCCCUUUUCCGAUUCCACCGUCUGACCACUACUACCCUGAAAUCAACAUCACGUCUGGACAGCGCAUGUGUUUCCCGUUCAUGAGGUCUCUCCCUGGGCAGCUGCAUUUGGGUCCUCGGGAACAAGUCAAUCAGAAUACCGCCUUCUUGGACGCGUCGCAAAUCUACGGAGAGAAUCCGUGCGUUUUGAAAAGCUUGAAAGGGAUUGGGGGACGAAUGAACUGCACUCAGCGCCCCCUCAAACUCAAAGAUUUGCUACCACAGAGUGACAACCAUCCUGAAUGUAAAGCAGCGUCUGGAUUGUGCUUCAUUGCGGGUGAUGGAAGAGCAUCAGAGCAGCCGGGAUUAACCGUCAUUCACACUGUGUUCAUGAGAGAGCACAAUAAGAUAGUUGGAGGUUUGAAAGGUAUAAACCCUCACUGGGACGACGACAAGCUCUUCGAACAAGCCAGACGAAUCACAAUUGCCAUAACCCAACACAUCACAUACAAUGAAUUCUUGCCAAGGUUGCUCAGUUGGAACGCCAUGAACUUGUACGGGUUGAAAUUGCUACCCCAGGGACACUACAAAGACUACAACCCGAGUUGUAACCCUUCAAUCCUCACCGAGUUUGCUUCAGCGGCUUUCAGAAUCGGGCACUCUUUACUAAGACCGCAUAUACCUCGACUCAGUCCGCAGUACCAAAUCAUCGAUCCACCUAUUCUUCUCCGGGACGGCUUCUUCAAACCCGACAUGUUGCUACAGCACGGCAUGGUCGACGAAAUCGCCCGCGGGCUCGUCUCCACCCCCAUGGAAACUCUCGACCAGUUCAUCACCGGCGAAGUCACCAACCACCUCUUCGAAGACCGCAAGAUCCCCUUCUCCGGCGUGGACCUCAUCGCCCUCAACAUCCAGCGCGGCCGCGACCACGGCAUCCCCUCCUACAACAACUACCGCGCCCUCUGCAACCUCAAGCGCGCCACGUCGUUUGACGACCUCGCCAGAGAGAUCCCUCCAGAGGUGAUCUCGCGCUUCAAGCGCAUCUACGCCACAGUGGACGACAUCGACUUGUUCCCGGGCGGGCUGAGCGAGCGGCCGCUGCAAGGAGGUCUCGUAGGACCCACCUUCGCUUGCAUCAUCGCCAUCCAGUUCCGCCAGCUGCGCAAGUGCGACCGCUUCUGGUACGAGAACAACGACCCGGUGGUGAAGUUCACCGAGUCGCAACUAGCCGAGAUCAGGAAGAUCACGCUGGCGAAGGUCAUUUGCGACAACCUGGACGUGCACGGGGAUAUGCAGAGGGCGGCGUUCGAUCUACCGAGCAACUUCUUGAACCCGAGAGUCCCGUGCCAGUCACUACCCCAGAUUGACCUGGGGGCGUGGAGAGAGUCGGCGGGAUCGGGAUGCGUGAUCGGGGACAGGCACGUGGAAGUGGGUGAGUCGGCGUUCCCGUCGCCGUGCACCAGCUGCAUUUGCACCCAGGAAGGGGGUCAGUGCGCGUCGCUGCGUGUCACCGACUGCUCCCAGCUGCUGCGCGAGUGGCCCAAGGAGGUGGUUCUGCGCGAUGACGUGUGUUCGGCGCAGUGCGGGUUCCUCCUGCGCAACGAGGGUCCCCAGCCGGGGCUCACUACGGAUCUGACGCCGCCCCCGGCACGUCACCUGCGGUCGCGGCAGCUGGGGAAGCCGCCGCGGAUCCCCAGUAGGAGCUUCCCGGGCUUCGGCGGCUUCAAAUUCCCCGAUCUUUCAGUCUUCGUAGCUAAGUGAUCGGUACUGUAAAAACUAAGGUUGUGAUUUUAUUUAAGGAUUGAGGAUUUUCAAGGCUGGAGGUUGUAGCUGUGGGACAAGUUAUUUAUGGAAUUCGAUGCUCAAUUGUAUAUAUGCCGCGGGGCUGUUUUUAGGAUAGUACACCCUGUAUAUUACCAGUUCGGUGUUAUUUAUGGUACUGAGUGUACGAAAGCGGGUGUGUCUGCGUGCGUGUUUAACACUACCAACUGUAUUUUUAUAAAGGCAAGAUGUUACCAAUUUAGGUUAAUGAAAUGAAGUUAGUGUCCAUUGUAAUUAAGGUACUUAAUUUUUUAUUAUCUUGUCGUUGUUUUUAUGUACACUGCCUUCUAUUAUUAUUCUUUCUCUGUUGUUAAUACUUUAUCUUCUGACUAUACGAUAAUAAACUAGUUAUUUUUUUUAA